CAUGGUUUGGCAUGAGGAGGAAAUCUUUGGUGUCAUUUUUAUUGUCAGCACGGUCAUCUAGCUAGCUACAGUCAUAAAAUAAACAAUGGCAACGUUUUUCGGAGAGGUUUUAUCUGUUUACUCGCGUGCAGUCGAAGAAGACGACGAUGAUCUGGAUGAUGAAAACGAAGAUGAGCGAAUUCACAGAGAGAUAGAAGAAAAGAGGGAGGUCCAUAUUGCGUGGUGCCCUGAAGUCGCACAAUCACUUGAGGGCUCUGGCAGCAACAAGUUGCAAUGCUCAGACCUCAUCAUUGCCGUGGGCACUAAUGCUGCAGGAUUUCUGUCUGCAUAUGUGUUGAACACUGAAAGCUGGGAUGCAGUGGGCCAUGUGUCACUAUGGAAUGAGAGGAGUAGGGGCUCCAGUAGACAGAGCAUUGCCCCACUGCCUGGAGAGCCAGCCUGUCUCUUCUACCGACACAGGGACAACCCAGCAGUCCUGGUCUGCCAAAGCACUUGUUACAUUGCGGAGGACCAACUAUUUCAAUGGACAGAAAAGGUGUUUGGCUGCCUCCAGAAGAGAGGGCUCAGUGUGAUGGUGCUGUCGGACAGCCCUGUGGCUGAGUACAAAACACCAGACUACCUCUACGGUAGCGCAGUCCCUUUCCUACGCUCCCUCAAGAGCAGUGCCUCCAAGAGCCAGGCCCUCUGCCCUGCACUCGAGCAGCCAAACAUCCUCACUGGACUGCCAGCUGCAGUACUGAGCCACUGCCAAGUCCAUCAGAUUCCAGCUGUUCUGUACCAAUGCUACACUGAUGUCAUCAGCCCAGACUCUAUCACCAUGGAAACCUACAAACCUGCCCUGUUGUGUCUAAGCAAGUUGGUCAAGUUGGAGCCUUGUCUCAGCGCUGACGUCCUCCGAAAGUUUGCCAAAGUCACUGAGGCUCAGAGUAAUCUGUAUACUUAAAUGUGGAAGAUUUAUUUGUACUGAAUAGGCUCUGUAUUUGUCUUUUACCUAAUGAACAGGUUCACUUUAUUUUAACCAAAUCUGUAUUUUGGAUGUAUAUGGCAUUUUAUAGUGUCCAGACACUUUUUUGCGAUUUCACUUGGUUUUGAGAAACUUACCCCCACCAGCCAUAGACUUCCUCAUGCUCGUUCUGCAGUUGCAGGGGCACAGAAAUAACAUGUACAAAAGCUCCAAAAACAUCCAAAUAUGUCCUUUUAAAAACUGCAUUGCUCUCAGUAUAACGAUGCAGGUCUUUAGACGUCAUUCCAAACUUUAAAUUCUAAUUUGUUGGACUCAAGCGAUACUUCUCUGUGUAGGCCUUCUCUGGGCAUUGCUCAAGACCCGCAUUGCUAUACUGAGAGCAUUACCAUUUCUAAAAGGAUGUAUUUGGGUGUUUUUGGAGCGUUUGUUCAUGUUUUAUCUGUGACCCUGCAACUGCAGAACAAGCAUGAUGAAGUUUAUCGCCAGUGGGGUAAGUUUGUCAAAACCAAGUGAAAUCUAAAAUAAAAAGUUUGGACACUUCCAUAACAUUCCAUUUACAAAUAAAAGUUAACCUUCAUUUAAACUGUAAAAUAAUCUGUAAGUAAUGUUUUAAAUUUGGAAGAAGUAAAGGGCACCUUCACUGAAAAUAAAAAGGUGCAACACUCUCAGCAUUUAAAAACUCAUUGUUUUAUUUAACUUCUCAAGCGUCCCACCUGACCAACAUCCAUUGAAAGUGCAGGGCGCCAAAUUCAAACUACAGAAUUGUAAAUAUUUAACAAUCUUGAAAAUACACAUGCAAUAUGUCAAAAUAAAGCUUAACUUCUUGUUAAUCCAGCCAAGGUGUCAGAUUUCAAAAAGGCUUUACGGCGAAAGCAUACUAUGCGAUUAUCUGAGGACAGCGCCCAGCACACAAAUGCAUAACAAUCAUUUUCAACCAGGCAGGUGGCGACACGAAAGUCAGAAAUGGUGAUAUAAAAAAUGCCUUACCUUUGAUGAUCUUCUUCAGUUGGCACUCCAAUGGGUCCUAUUUACAUCACAAAUGGUCCUUUUGUUCGAUAAUGUUCUUUUUUAUAUCCAUUAAAACUCAGUUUAGCUGGCGCGCAUCAGUCAAUAAUCCAGUUUCCCUCCGUCAAAAUGAAUCCCAAACGUUACUAAUAAACUUUUCCAAACAAGUCAAA